AUGGCGGAUUUUUGCGUCGGUCGAACUCAGGCUACUUUAUGCAUUACCCUCUACACGCUUGGGCUUGCCACUGGACCUCUUGUGCUGUCGCCAAUUUCUGAAGCCUAUGGCCGACGAUGGGUUUACAUACCGGCUAUUUCUUUCGUGCUCGCGUUUUCCGCGGGGGCAGCAGCUGCUAAAGGUUUUGCAAUACUUCUUACUUGUCGGUUCUUCAGUGGCUUUUUCUGCUCGGUGGGUAUCGCUGUUGGAGGAGGAACAGUUGCCGACAUCUGGCCCAGAGGGAAACAGCGAGCAACUGCAUCCUUGCUUUUUGUUCUUGCUCCCUUCUUGGCUCUCACUUUGGGCCCGACCGCUGGAGCUUACGUGCUUCAUAUCCGACAUGCCAAUUGGAGAUGGACACAGUGGAUGGUGGUCUUCUUCUGCUUGCCCUUGUGGUUGAUGUUCGUUGUGAUGCGAGAAACAUCAGGAGAACAGCCACUUCAUGAUGCUAACAAUGGCUGGGAAGAAAUCCGACUGUCGGCACGAUCUUUUUAUCUGCCUUUAAGAUUACUUUUCACUGACUACAUCAUACUAUCUUUAACUGUGUACACCUCCUUCAGCUACGCUACUGUUUUCAGCUACUUUUCAAGUCUUCAACACGUCUUAAUGUUGGAUUAUGGAUUUGAUACGCGGCAGGCAAGUCUAGGCCUCCUUAGCCAAAUCGUUGGCAACUUCUGUGCGAUUAUUUUGUGGGUGGUCCUGGAGAAAGCCGCGACCUCAUCAGAAGAGAAAUUACCAGGCAAGGUCUUCCAGCCUGAGAGACACCUCUAUGCGGGCGUGAUUGGUGGUCUGCUCAUGUGUCUCGCGGAGAUAUGGUUCGCCCUUGCAGGCCGACCAGGAGGCACCUGGGUAAAUCUAGUUGCCACGGGCAUUCCGCUGGGAUGUGGCGCAUUUGCCCUUUUUGUAAGUUCUUCUCUCUUCCACCUUCUCUGCGUUCGUCCAUACAAAAAUUCUUACAAAAAAUGUUUGUAUCUAGCAAUUGCCGCCAAUGGGGUGUCAAGGUACACACUUGGAGCAGUCUUCCCCCUCUUCACUUUGCAGAUGUAUGAAAAACUGGGGACGACGUGGGCGAGCUGUCUCUUCGCAAUAAUUUCUUGCGUCUUGAUUUUCAUUCCCUUAUUCGUCUGCAAGUACGGUGUCCGCCUUAGGACGACAAUGACAGUGGGCGCGACGCAUGGCGAUUCGAUUAAUCGAGCCGCCAAGAACGUUGACACAAGGAUAACAGAGGUCUGCUAUACGGAACAUAGUGUUGGUAGAUGA